AUGGACAUCAGCAUGGAUCCGAACCGUGUCUGGCACGACCCAGUUGUUGAAAUUUACAGUAACCUUAUAACCCCCGGUGUGCGAUGCUCUGCAGAGGCAUACGAUCUAGCCAAUCGUCGCUGGUACUGUGUAAAGGUCGAAGCAGAGGUCGAGGAUGACCAAUGGCUCUCAUCAACCAUCGCCACGCACCUUGGCCGGUAUUACGCCGCAAAUCGGGAGAAGCCACCCUGGAAGACAAUGCGGAUGAAUGCAGAGGGCAGCCUGGUCACGUUUGACUCCCAACCGGACGACAAAGUCGACAGACCCAUUCGAAAGUCACUGUGUUACGGGCACAAACGCACCGACAGAUUGCCAACCACGGCCGUUGACAAUCUCAAGAAUCUAACCUACAUCAGUCGCUCAGCAGACCGAUGUACCUGGAAUGACCAAGACUGCGUCUUCAAGCGCAUCGAGUUUGAUGUUGAUGUAGAAGUUAUCGAGGGCGAGAUCCAGACGCGCGAGACUCUCAUCCACGCCAUGGGUCGCAUGCCAGCGAUUGAAACCAAUAAUGAAAUGGCCAGGAGCUUCUGUCUUGUCCCAUUCUCGCCGUUGUCCUCGCCGACAGAAAGCCCUGGAAACCCGGCACCGUUGCAGGCAUCCUGA